AUGGCUGAUGCUAACGCAGAAUGCAAUAUCAAGGUGUUGUGUCGAUUUCGUCCUCUGAACAAGUCUGAAAUUAUCCGAGGAGAUAAGUUCAUCCCAAUAUUUCAAGGAGAAGACACAGUCAUCCUCGGGGGGAAGUCCUACGUGUUUGACCAGGUGUUCCCCACUAACACCACCCAGAUACAGGUCUACAACACCUGCGCCAAGCAGAUCGUCAAAGAUGUACUCGGGGGAUACAAUGGGACUAUCUUUGCCUAUGGGCAGACGUCCUCUGGAAAAACGCACACCAUGGAGGGGAACCUGCAUGAUCCCCAGGGAAUGGGAAUCAUCCCCCGGAUCGCGGAGGACAUUUUUGAACAUAUAUUUGCGAUGGAUGAGAACCUCGAAUUUCACAUAAAGGUCUCCUACUUUGAGAUCUACAUGGAUAAAAUCCGGGACCUGCUGGAUGUGACAAAAACCAACCUGUCGGUGCAUGAAGACAAACACAGAGUUCCUUAUGUGAAGGGCUGCACAGAGCGUUUCGUCACGAGUCCCGAGGAAGUGAUGGAUGUGAUAGAUGAAGGGAAGGCCAACCGUCACGUUGCUGUCACCAACAUGAAUGAGCACAGUUCCCGCAGUCACAGCAUCUUCUUGAUAAACAUCAAACAAGAGAACGUGGAGACAGAGCUGAAGCUGUGUGGGAAGCUGUACCUGGUCGACCUAGCUGGGAGUGAGAAGGUCAGUAAGACAGGUGCAGAGGGAGCAGUGCUGGAUGAGGCCAAGAACAUCAACAGAUCUCUGUCGGCCCUGGGGAACGUCAUCUCAGCCUUGGCCGAGGCAACGAAAUCUCAUGUGCCGUACCGUGACAGCAAAAUGACUCGCAUCUUACAGGACUCGCUGGGAGGGAACUGCCGCACCACCAUGUUCAUCUGUUGCUCUCCCUCCAGCUACAAUGACGCAGAGACCAAAUCCACCUUGAUGUUUGGCCAACGAGCCAAGACCAUCAGAAAUACUGUAUCGGUGAACCUGGAGCUCACAGCAGAGCAGUGGAAGAAGAAGUACGAAAAGGAAAAGGAGAAGAACAGGUCAUUGAAGGAGACUGUUCAAAGACUGGAGGCUGAGCUGAACCGCUGGAGGAACGGUGAGGAUGUUGGUGAGUUGAAUCAUCCGAGCCCAGGAUCGGAGGACGUCCCCCUGGUGCCUCCCGAAUCUGAGGAGCCGCUUCUUGACAUCUGCAGCCCCUGCAGCCCCUGCAGCCCCUGCAGCCCCUGCUCAAUUGCCUCCUCCAUUGUGGUUCACAUCUCUGCAGAGGAGCGGCAGAAGUACGAGGAGGAGAUCCGCAAGCUUUACAAGCAGCUGGAUGAUAAGGAUGAUGAGAUCAACCAUCAGAGCCAGAUGGUGGAGAAACUGAAGGAGCAGAUGCUCGACCAGGAGGAGCUGCUGGCAUCAUCCAGGGGGGACAGCGAGAAGGUGCAGUCGGAGCUCGGCAGGCUGCAGACGGAGAAUGAAUCCUCUAAGGCCGAGGUGAAGGAGGUACUCCAGGCCCUGGAGGAGCUGGCAGUCAACUACGACCAGAAGAGCUUGGAGGUCGAGGAGAAGAGCGUGAAGAACAAGCUGCUGGCUGAGGAGCUCGCAAAGAAAAUGGCUCACCUCAUGGCUUUAGAGGCAGAGCUGUCCCGUAUUCAGGAAGUGAGCAGCCACCAGAGGAAACGCAUCGCUGAGAUUCUCAGUGCGCUGAUGAGGGACCUGAGUGAGUUCAGCACCAUCGUUGGAAACAGGGACAUCAAGCUGCCCAUGGAGAUCACCGGUGCGAUCGAGGAGGAGUUCACAGUGGCCCGCCUCUACAUCAGUAAGAUAAAGUCAGAGGUGAAGUCCAUGGUGAAGCGCUGCCGCCACCUGGAAACCCUUCAGAUGGAGUGUCACCGCAAGAUGGAGGAGACGGGCAGAGAGCUGUCCUCGUGUCACCUCCUCGUUUCCCAGCACGAGGUAAAGAUCCGCUCGCUAACGGACUACAUGCAGAAUGUGGAGAUGAAGAAGAGGAAGCUGGAGGACAGCUAUGACUCUCUGAGCGAGGAGCUGGCCAAACUCCAAGCUCAAGAGAGCGUGCUACAGGUGACCAACGGAGAGAAUCACUCGUCUGUCCAGGAUCCCUGUGAUAUAAAGAGGGCUCUGGAGCAGCAGAUGGAGUCGCACCGUGAGUCGCACAGCAAACAGCUUGGCCACCUGCGAGACGAGAUCAAUGAGAAGCAGAAGAUCAUCGACGACUUAACUGAUUGUAACCAGAUGCAGCAGCUGGAGUUGGAGCAACUGCACUGUGACUUUGAACAUCUCAGGAGCCAAGAGCAUCACAAGAGCCGGCAGCUUGAGGAACUGACAUUUCUCCAUGAGCGACACGAGCAGUCAAAGAGGGAUCUCAAAGGGCUGGAAGAGACUGUUGCUCGUGAGCUCUACACCCUGCACAACCUCCGCAAGCUUUUCGUUCAAGACCUCACGGCUCGAGUUAGAAAAAGUGCACAGAUGGAGCAGGAUGAUAGUGGGGGAUAUAUCACCCAGAAACAGAAGAUUUCCUUUCUCGAAAACAACCUGGACCAGCUUACAAAAGUUCACAAGCAGCUGGUACGUGACAAUGCAGAUCUUCGCUGUGAGCUUCCAAAACUGGAGAAGCGUCUUCGGUCUACAGCUGAGCGGGUUAAGGCGCUGGAGGGUGCUCUGAAGGAGGCGAAGGAAGGAGCCAUGAAGGACCGCCACCGCUACCAGCAGGAGGUGGAGCGUAUCAAAGAUGUGAUGAGGACUCGCCAUCCCUUCCGCCGACCCCAUGCUGCACAGAUAGCCAAGCCUGUGCGUGCUGGCCACUACCCACUGUGCUCUCCCACCAACCCCUUCUUCAUCCGAGGCUACAGUGAACACCCCGUUGCCUUCUGCAAAACUGUUUUCCACAACAGCAACAACCAACAAGCAGUUGCUCCUGCUGCUGCUCCUGCUGCUCCUGCUGCUCCUGCUCCUGCAACACCAGAGAGUGAGCCCAGGUUACAUGAGGCCAACUCCAACCAGGACAGCCCCACCAAACACCUCGAAUCCCAAAACAACGGUUUACAGGACAACGACGCUCAGGAAAACACGCUUCCGGCUGAACCACCGAGCAAAGCAGACAAGAACACCGCAGAGAUGCUUGAUUCAGAAAAUGGAAACACCACAGAUAUCAAUGACAACAGCAUGUGUCUGAAUAUGACUUCUGUGUCCAGAACUGACGUCUGUGACAAUCAGGACCCAGCCAACCUCUACAGCCGGCAGCCGGAGACCUCAGCCAGCUAAUAGUCCUGAGCAGGCAGACGUUUCUUUCUGAGGCCUCCUCUGUAAAUCUGCAUGCAGCUGAUCACUGUCCUCUCAACCUCCCCCUUCCUCUCUCAUCCUGCUCACCUGCUGUAAACAGACCUCUAUCUCUCCCGUGUCCCCUUUCUCUCCCCUGCUUGCUCCUCUCCGAUCCGAUCCCUUCUCCUUCCUGUACAAUGGUGUGGGAUGUAUGUGAGAUCCAUGGCAAGCACUGCAUCUCAAAUGCCCGACUUGGCAGCUUACACCCAUAUUGGUGCACACCCUCCCCCAUAACGGUGGGGGAGAGACGGUGCAGUGCUUUAGGUAACCACUAGGAUGUGCUGUUAGUCUCAGUGAGGGUGUCACAGUGGACAUGAAACCAGUACAUUUUAACAGUAAGCUUUAACAGUAUUAUGAAAAGUUAAACCACAUGAAAACAGUGAACCUCAAACUGACUUUACUAAUAUUUACACUUUUGACUGUGCAUGUUGAUUUUUGAUGUCGGUCUUCAGUACAUGAACGAGGAAGAGAGAGCAAGUGAGGCAACAUUACCGUGAAAUGUUUCAGUCUAAAAUUACACUGUAAGUCAAUGUAAAUGGAGAAUUCAGUCUUUAAAAGGAAUUGCGCUAAAAGGAUAAGGCUGGCACUAUUCAGUAUUUUUGUUAUUGCCAACAAAUCUCAAGAAAAGACAACAAUGUGUUACUGUGCCCGACCUGCCUUUGGCUCUCAGUCUUAAGACAACUGAAGACGUAAAUAUUUAAAAACAGGCCUUGAAUAUAUUUUUAUUUUUUAAUAAAGGGUGCAGUAAUUUCCUGAAAACAACUAGGCACUAGGCACUACUAAAACAGGAGUAAAUAGCGCAUUUGUUAUGGACUAUUUUCAGCUGUGGAUUAAAACACAUUUGGUGUUUUAGUGGCUUUUUACAGCAGCAGGAUGGCGUAUGACGGAUUGACUCAAAAUAAACUGCAGUGCCAUCAGGAUAAUUACAAUACUGUAUGAUAAUUUUAGAAACAGUGUCCGUAGUCAUAGUAACAAUAUAGUCCAUAGUGUUGCCACGUAGGUAGACCGACACACACUAAACUAAAAUACACAUACGCACACCUGCCACAGUUGAGACUUGGCCGAGCCUUAAUUUAGACAAUAGACAAUUUCUCACAUUUGACCUUUUUUUAUUCAAAUUAAACAAAGGAAAAUUAAGUUUAUAUAUAGUAUACAGUCUUUAACUCCUCAAGAUUCUUGUAUUUUGGUACCCUUUGAGGAUAUAUUUCAAAUACUUACAUUCCAUAAUACAAAGCUUUUCUCUUGUUAGAUUAAGAUAAAUAGUCACCCAAUUAACCCCUAUAUCCAUAUACAGCCUAGCAAGUUUUACUUUUCGUAAAGACCUUUUCAAUCUUAAAGUUUCAGAUGGCUCUGUUAGUGGCACCUGAUGAACCGUAGCGCUAAAUGAAGAAGUUGGUUAGAACUUUGUUUCAAAAUAAAAAACCUCAGAUAUCAGUCGCCACAGCAUGUCUGACUUUCGGUACACUGUUCUGGUUUUAACUAGUCUGAAAAGCAACUUCGACUGAACCUCGAGUGAAGUCUAAAACACGUGAUUUCUGAUUGGUGUUAAAAGACUGACUGUGUCGUAGUAGAGAGACUUAUAAGCUGUAAAUCAACAAAAAAAACUGCCUGUCAGGGAUCGUCUGUGAGAUAUUCAGUCAUUGUCAUGUCAACCAAAAGCAUGACGCAGGGGGAAAAAAAGAAAUGUGUAGCAACUAUUUUUAUACUGCUCGUUUCAAAGAAAUAUAUUUAUCAUUUUGCUCUAUUUUAAAUGUUAUUUAUUUGCUAUUUAUUCUUAAUUUAUAGCAGUUGUUGAAUGUGAAGCAUUUUGCAUUAGUUUUGCUGUGUGCUUUGAAUGUUUUGGAUUUCAGAUUUCCAACGUUUUGUCAUUGAAUGAAAAUGCGUGCACGUGUGCAGCAGCUGCCGUUCCAAUAUCUAUUAGUUUAGGAGAUGACUAAUCCUGCGGAUCUUUAUGAACCACCUCAGAUUGAAACCAAAGCCCUGAUUGUAGUGAUUCAUCUAAACCAGGGGUUACUGUAGGUUAUCAGCUGAAACAGCCCUGUCUCAUCCCUCUGACACACACUGAUCACCUAAUCAGCCAAUGAGGUGUUUGACCUUUGACCCCAGAAUUCAGAUAUAUUACAUUUCCUGUUACUUGGGUGCAGUCUAAGUUAUCUGAGCAGAUAAGUUGAUUGACUGUCCACACACACAGUAAUGGUCACGCCGCCCUUCAAACUCUCUUAUUGACCUCCUGAUCAGCCAGUCAGGAUGAGAGAGUCAACGCAGUAUGGACUGUAUACGUAUGUGUGUGCGUGUGUGUGUGUGUAUUUUGGGAGAGACCAGGAGUUGUAUCUCAGCAGAGUCUCUCACUCUUUGACAAUCCUUUCAACAAAACAGACCAGUAACGCUUUACAUUACAGCCUGCAAACUAAAGUGCAGAUAUUUUGUAAUACUAAUGGGGUACUUACCUAGUAGGCAUGAGAGAAGAAGUACAUGAGAGGGUUACAAAUUUGUGUUUUUGGGGCACCUAGAAAUAAAUUACACUUAAAGUACUUUUUUUUAAAUUAACUUGUAUUAACAGGGGACCAACAGACUUGGUGUAUAUGUUGUUUUACAAUAACUACAGUAUGUCAUGAAAAGGAGCUAAACUUCAUCUGGCACUUUAAAGGUUCUCUAUGUGAUAUCCACUGCAUUAAUAUAGCAGCAAACAACUGUUUUCUAUGUAAAGAUAUAGAGGAGUAAUGUCUACCUGAGCAGAGAAUGAAGUUGCUCUCCCUCUGUGUGUGUUGUAAUCUGAGCUUCAUCCAAAAUUACAUUACUGUUCUUAAGUAUUAUAUCAUCAUUUUAAAAAAGCAUAUAGCUACAGCUGUAAAGCCUGAUGUUUUGUUGCCCCACAACAUAUAAUGGCUACCAUAUCAUAUACUGUAUAUGGUAAUCAUACGGUAAUCAUAAGUACUCUGUAUUUGAAUUAUUUUUAUAUAAUUUCCCGAAACUCUCUCCUAAACUAAAUUGUUUUGUAAAUCAUAAUUUUAAAAUAAAUGAUAACUAAUUUCAUAGCACUGUAGCCCCGUUCCUCAUUUCCCCUCUUAAACAUAAAGUUGUUACCCCUUUACACUUUAAUAUCUUGUCCUCUACUCCUGUACUUCCCUCCCCGGAUUUGUCCUGUGUAGUUACCCAGUAAGCAUUUUACCGAUACCCUGUACAUACUAAAUUACUACGUUACAUAAAUUGUGGGCUGUAAUCUCAAGCGUUACCGACAGACCCUCUCUUCUAUAUUUAUAUUGAGGCUUAUCAGAAAUGCAUGAAGCACUUUAUACUAUUAUUAUUUUCUUUAUGCUUUCUCUCUUCGUUCCUCUUCACAAGACUUUACACUGAGUAUGUAAUACUGCGGUAGUUCAGUUCGACUUUCUCCAAAGGCUGAAAAAGGACGUUGAACUUGAGAAACUCUACACUAUCAUCGUGUGGGAGUUUGCAUAACCUAAAGAAACCAUGAGAUGAAUGUGAAUGACCUUUUUUGCUGUUGAUCAAUGCAAACCACACAGAAAACAACUAUUCCCCUGACAUGUCCUGUGGUUGUACACUGAGCUGUAAAUGUGUGGACGAGUGUAGACUUUAUUUUCAUUCUUAAUGUUCUGUUCGUCUGACAGUUAAUUGUAACCAAACUGAAAAUAUUCCGGCAAGGUAAAUAAUAUGUGAUCCUGUAGCCUAAAUAUGCAGAAAUAUAACUAUGACACGAAUGGUAGGGUGGUUUGAAAAAAAAGAAAAGAAAAAACAGAUGCAAAAUGUCUGUGUUCGUUUGUACAUGUGUGCGUUGGUGGGUUUGUUUAUAGCGUGUGAUUUAGUGCAUGCAGUACUUUCUUCUGUAGCUGCUGAACAACAGUACUGUUAUCUCAUGGAAGUCCUUUCAAUAAAGAUGAUCCUGUGUACAUAUUAUCAUUA